AUGCAUUUCUAAUGACAAAAUGUUGUCCCACUUCAUCUACUAACUAGCCUGUAGUGUCCCACUGUAAACGCUAUGGCCACAUAGCCAGGAGUAGCCUACCAGCUUUUCCCAUCAGGCCGCCGAUACAGAUCUGUAUAGGGAUCUACCUGUAAUUUACCAACAUCAACAUCUUCGGUAAUUUGGGUACUUAACAGGCCAAACUACUUUAAGUCACACACUUUACGGUUCGGUGUGUGUCUAAAAGUAGCCUAAACUAUGGCAGCACAACGUCAGCACCUAGGGUAUGAGGAUGAAAAGUUGCAGCGCGUGAUGGAGAGGUUGCCUUGCAGAGAUGUCCAGGCGAGCAUGCUGCUGGCGUUGAUGGGAGAGCCAGAGCAAUGCAGCUACCCUUCCAUUUUCAUUUAUGGUCAUCGUGCCACAGGAAAAAGCCAUGUGAUACACACCUUGCUGAAGGAACUGGAGCUUCCCUAUGCCACAGUGAGCUGUGUGGAAUGUGUCUCUGUAGGACUGCUGUUUGAGCAGGUUCUCCUCUCCCUCUUUGGCUCCGACUCUGCCUCCCUACUGUCCCGCAGUCCCUCCCUGUCAGACUUCGUACGAGUCUACAAACAACUGUGUGUCCAGGCCUCAGCCAAGCAGACACGAUACAUUGUGCUGGACCGGGCUGAGCUCCUUAGAGAUAUGGAAGCCAAUCUCCUCCCUGCCUUCUUGCGCCUUCAGGAACUGGUCGAGGACAAUGUGACGGUGAUCCUGCUCAGUGAGAUAGUGUGGGAUAAGUUCCGACCCAACACUGGCUGCUUUGAACCACUGCUGCUCCACUUCCCUGACUACAGUAAAGGGGAGCUGCAGCAGAUCCUGUCUGAGGACAGCCACCCGUCCUACUCCCCAGAGCUCUACUCAGCCUUCAUCAACAUCCUACUGGGAGUCUUCUACUCCGUCUGCAGGGACCUCCGAGAGCUCAGACACCUGGCUGCCCUCAAUUUCUCUAAAUUCAUUGAACCUUUGGAGCAAGGCAAAGUGAAAGAGAGUGACACUCACAAGCUGUGGAGGAACAUCGAGCCUCACCUGAAGAAGGCCAUGCAGACGGUGUACCUGCGAGAGGUGUCCAGUGUGCAGUGGGAGCAACAGCUGCAGAUGGAGGAGAAGGAGGCAGGAGCUGUAAGAGGUCUGUCUGCUCAUGCCCAUGUGGAGUUGCCUUACUACUCCAAGUUCCUGCUGAUAGCUGCAUACCUGGCCUCCUACAACCCUGCUCGCACUGACAAACGCUUCUUCCUCAAGCACCAUGGCAAAAUAAAAAAGACUAACUUUUUGAAGAAACAUGAAAAGACCAGUAAUCACCUGCUGGGGCCCAAGCCGUUCCCUCUGGACCGUCUCCUGGCCAUCUUCUACAGUGUGGUGGACAGCAGAGUGGCCCCCACCGCCAGUGUUUUCUGCCAGAUCUCCUCCCUGGUGACCCUUCAGCUAUUGAAUCAGGUGGGCCACGAUGACCAGCUGGAUGCGCCCAAGUACAAAUGUGCCGUCUCUCUGGACUUCAUCCUCACCAUCUCCAGGACUGUGAGCUUUGACAUGGUAAAGUACCUGUAUGACUUCCUCUAGCCGUGGUGGUUUAAUGGAGAGGAAUUCAUCUGGACUCUGAUGGAAUGGAAUGUACUGGUGGACAUUGGACAAACAUGAGCAGAAAGGUGGGAGAUGCCUUGGUUGUCUGGACUCCUCACUGUGUGUGCACUGUGCAGGACCAGAGGACUAUGUAAUCAUUAAGCCUAUGCUUUACUGCCCCCUGAUGACUGACUGGUAGAAUGAAGGACUCAUCGAAGACUUCUUUUAAGGUACAAAAUGUAGGGUAUGUAAUAUUUCUACGUUUCCUUCUUUCUGACUCUAGAUCUGGUUCCCAUGAAGUCAAAUUGUCCCAUUAAUUGCUCUGUUGGCGUAAAUGGCUGUGCUGAUAGUAUGAAAUAAGGUUGGCACAAUAAUCGUGUAAAUAACAAUUAUGGAUAAUAACCGUGAACACAAAAUAAACAUCUUGCAACGUU